GUCAAUUGGGUGUGAUGCUCUGAUUUCUCUCGGGCGUCCAGUUCAAAUCUUAUGGUGUAUUUCCAGUUACUUUAUCUGUUGUAGAUUGAAUUAUUCCUUUGAUUUAUGUUUUGUUAAGGUCAUUCUUUUUUCAUUUACUACAGUUGGUGGCAUGGCCAACAAGAGAUUAACUCGAGUAGGUUUAUCACCGGAUCUGUGUGACUGGCUGAGUAGACAUCAGAUUGUCACUUGUCAGGAUUUCUUAUGCCUUUCCCCCUUGGAGCUCAUGAAAAUGACUGGCCAGAAUUACCAGAGUGUCCGGGAACUUCUCUGCACAGUUAGCAGAGCCUGUGCUCCUCAAAUGCAAACUGCUUAUGGAAUGAAAUUAGAGAAGUGUGGUGACAUUUCUUCAGCUUUCUUAGCGACAACCCUUACCAGCUUAGAUGAAGCCCUACAUGGAGGUGUGCCUCGUGGUUCACUCACAGAGGUCACAGGUCCACCAGGUUGUGGCAAAACCCAGUUUUGUAUGAUGAUGAGUGUUUUAGCCACAUUGCCCACUGGCAUGGGAGGAUUAGAAGGGGAUGUUUUAUAUAUCGACACAGAAUCAGCAUUUAGUGCGGAAAGAUUAAUCAGGAUAGCAGAAUUCCGUUACCCCAGCUUUUUCAACACUGAAGAAAAAUUACUUUCAUUGAGCAGCAAAAUUCAUUUACAUCAGGAACUUACUUGCAGUGAUGUACUAAAAAGGAUCGAGUCUUUGGAGGAAGAAAUUAUCUCCAAGGGAGUUAAACUUUUGGUUAUUGAUUCUGUUGCUUCUGUGGUCAGAAAGGAGUUCGAUACACAACUUCAAGGCAAUAUGAAAGAAAGAAGUAAUUUUUUGGCAAGAGAAGCGUCAUUAUUGAAGUAUUUGGCUGAGGAAUUCUCAAUAAUAGUUAUCUUGACGAAUCAAAUUACAACCCAUCUGAGCGGAGACCUCACUAUUCAGGCAGACCUGGUGUCUCCAGCUGAUGAUUUUUCCCUGUGGGGAGGUACUUCUGGAUCCAGUUAUGUGACAGCUGCUCUAGGGAACACUUGGAGUCACAGUGUGAACACCAGGCUGAUUCUCAGAUACCUUGACUCGAAGAGAAGACAGCUAAAACAACAAUUUGGACCACCCAUCAUAAAUAGUUCCAAAGAACUUCUCUUGCCUGCUAGAAAAGUACAUAAGUAUUGUCAUUGCCAAGUCACCACUUGCUCCAUUCUCUGUGUUCAAUUAUGCCAUCGAGGAAGCUGGUCUAGUUCUUCAAGAUGUGCCUUCUUGUGCCGAGUGAAAAGUAACUGCCCUGGCCCGGGGAAGGUUACCAUUCUGAUUGAGGUCACUGGAAUGUGGCACAUGCCUGUCAGUGUUCCUUUGGUGUUGGCUCAGGAGAGACCUGGCAACAGCCACCCCCUAAUGCAGGUUGGUACACAUUCAUUGUUGGUAUACAGCAUGGCAGAUUUCAGAGAGGCUCACUACCAGAAGAUUGGCCCCCAGCAAGGAUGUCUUAGUAAAUUUUUAACAACCAGCUCUCCAAAAAUGGCACAACACACUUUUGAAUUUAAUCCUGAUUAUUAAUACUUUUCUCCAUCACUUUUUAAAGUUGAGAUAAUCAA